AUGAGUGAGCGUGAUCGUUACCGCGCCCCUCCCCAGCCGGAGCCUCCACCGCACCGGGUCCGGGCCUCGGACCUCUACCCGAGGACCAGGCCUCAUCUGGAUGAACCGGGCCUGGAAGCCGGCUUCGCUACCAUAUGUGGGGAGUUUGUACAGUUUAUCGGGCGUACGUCAGAUGGCGGGACGAUCGCCAUGUCCAACUACCGUCUUCACCUCCAACCUCGGAGACGCACCGGCAGCCUCGGCUCCUCCGUGCCUCUUAGACUGAUCGAAGCUCUGGAGAUCAGAGACCUUCUAUGUCUCAUUAUACUCUGCAAGCACGGACGACAACUCAAAUGUUCGUUCAACACUGGCGAGCAGUGUGUGGAGUGGUGGAGGAGGUUGAACACGGCGCUCGUGCCAGUCAGCACGUUACAGGAGACCUUCGCCGCGGCCUACGCUGCCUGGGCCAAGGAACAACCCAACAACUCCGUCCACAGAGCGCUCAUGAGAGCCUCCCAGCCGCCUCAGAGACACUGGUUCAAACCUGAGUUGGACAGACUCGGCUUCACAAUGAAGGGUGCGUGGCGCGUGUCAGCCGCUAACGUUGAGUAUAAGUUGUGUGGCUCCUACCCUCCGCUGUUGGUGGUGCCCGCCGCUGUGGGGGAUGAUGACCUUGAAUCAGUAGCACGUUUCCGCGCCAUGCGUCGUAUCCCGGCCGUGGUGUGGCGUCACCGUGUGUCGGGAGGUAUCAUAGCGAGGUCCAGUCAGCCGGAGGUCGGCUGGCUCGGCUGGAGGUCCGCUGAGGACGAACGACUACUAGCAGCCUUCGUGCAGGCCUGCAACCAGGACAGACCCAUACCUAAUAAGCAACUGAAGCUCCUGAUAGUAGACGCUCGCUCGUACGCCUCAGCCGUAACGAACCGUGCUCGCGGCGGCGGGUGUGAGUGUGCCCAGUACUACCCGGCGGCCGACAUACAGUUCAUGUCGCUACCGAACAUACAUCACGUGAGGAGGAGCUUCCAACAAUUGAGGGCGCUGGCUGCUGAACCACCGGACCAACCCAAUUGGCACAGUUCUCUAGAGCGUACAUUAUGGCCCCAGUACGUGUCGGGUGUAUUGAGAGCGGCGGCGGCCGUUAGUCGCGCGGCGGCGGCCGGUCGGCCCGUGCUAGUACACUGUUCAGACGGAUGGGAUCGGACACCGCAACUGGUGGCCGCCGCACAGAUUAUACUAGACCCACACUACAGGACUAUAGAGGGUUUCCGUACAUUGAUCGAGCGCGAGUGGUUGGACUUCGGCCACAAGUUCGGUGAUCGUUGCGGUCACUCGUUCGGCGGCGAGGAUCCCAACGAACGGUCGCCCGUGUUCCUGCAGUGGUUACAUUGUAUCUAUCAACUCAUGCUGCAGUAUCCGUGCAGCUUCGAGUUCAAUGAAGCCUAUCUGAUAAAGCUAGCUGUUCACGUCCAUUCGUGUAUGUUCGGCACGUUCCUGUGUAACUCGAGCCGUGAGCGCGCCGAGUAUCGUACAGCUCACACGGCCCACGUGUGGCGCCUGCUGGCCUCGCCCGCAUACAGGAACCAUCUAUACACGCCGCACGAGGAUCAGGUGAUAUGGCCGGAGUGUAGCGUGCGGUCGAUGCAGGUGUGGUGGGGGCUGUUGAUAGGCGAGAGGGAGAGGGAGCCGCCGCGACACACGACACACGUCGACAACAAUACGACAAACAACACCAACAACAUACACAACGGUCUGAUGACGAAGACUAGAUCCUGUGAUAAUCUCCACGAGGGCGAGAAGAAGACGACUCAGAGACGGUGUAGUGACCCCAGUCUGGCGCCUGAUAUUAUGAAAUUAUCGUUAUUGAAUGGAGGCGAAAUACCAGACGCACAAACUGACACCGACACGGAUCAGGUGGACGGUCUUCAUCCCGACCACUUCGAGAACCAUCUCCGUGAUAUAACAAGCAACUCGUCGUCUCUGGAGAGGGAGCUAGUGUCGAUGCCGACCGUCGCGAUGGACGACAACAAGGAACAAGACAACCUCACGAACAGUACAGACAACGAGGAACUAAACGAACCACUCACCAUCACAACCAACCACGACACUAUGAACCUGGACGCUGUGAACCAUGACACUAUGAACAUGAGCACUAUGAACCAAGAGGCCAUGGAAUUGAGCACAUUGAACAACGACCCCGUCAACCACACGCCGACCAGCCCCUGCGCUAGACUAGAAGUCGACUCGCCCGAGGAACCAGCUGUGUUUGUUUGUGAAACUUACACAGACGUUAUUGGAAUGGCGGAGGCCGCUCGCGAGUCAGCGCGUACACGUAACAUCAGUAUAACGUGGCGGUCUAUAUCUGAGUCUAGCAACCAAUCGUCAACCGGCUUCGACAUCGGUGACAACUCGCCACAGACACGACUCGAACCGGCGACCCGUCUAGACCCGCAGGAGAUAAACAACCACAACUCCACCGAGGGUGACGUGGUCAACCAUAACACUGUGACCAACAUGACCAACCACAACAGGGGGGACGGAGUAGAGGGGCUGAACGGGGUCAGUGACGUCACCAACAACUUCCUCGAGGUAGACCUUAAUGCGUGCGCGUCUCCGUGCAGCUCGUCCGACUCGUGCUGCGAGCCUGUCCGCGGCUCCAGCCAGCUGACGCUCUGCCCCGCCACGCCGCCACACACACAUGGUCAGUAUAUACACACGCACAGACACACAGACACACACAUCACAGGCAAGGGCGGAGACGUGCAGGGGGAGGGGGAGGGAAGACCUGUCAGGACAUACAUCCAUUGCCAAAAGGCUGGUGCGUAUUGCGCGUGCUCCAGCGAAGCCGACGAGGCGGAGGAGUCUCUCGAGGUGUUGUCAGCUGGUCGCGGGGGGUGGUCGUGUACGUGUGGUGCGGGGGGGAGGGGGCUGGACGGACUGGACGGACUGCCGCCCGCCAGCGACCCCGUACAGGCCAGGCUGCAUCAGAUCAUACUACAACAUAAGAAAAUGGUGGAAGAUUUAAACGGACAACUACGGGAGGCGCGCGAGGCUUUGAGACGUGCGUCGGGGGCUCGAACCCCCGCGGCCGCGACACGACCCACACACGCUCAGAGUCCCACGGGCGUGUCGUCGUCGUGUGUGUCGUGCGUGGGUCCCGCGGGUCCGGGCGGGUCCAGCUCGGGCAGUUCGAGCGCCUCGGAGCUGGAGGUGUGUGAGGAGGCGCGGGUCCGCUGGCUGCCAGACGCGGCCGCCCCCCGCUGUCAACACUGCCGGAACUCCUUCUGGCUGGCGAGGAGACGACACCACUGUAGGAGAUGCGGCGGUAUAUUCUGCGGCUCGUGCUCGGAGAUGUCUCCGUGGGGCGACAUGGGCGCGGUCCGCGUGUGUCGCCGCUGCCGGGCGCUCCGGUGA